AUGGAAGCUUUGCGGAUGUCACACACAUACUCGUUCCCACACAACAACAACAACAACAACAACAACAACAACAACAACAACAACAACAACAACAACAACAACAACAACAACAACAACAACAACAACAACAACAACAAGAACAACAACAACAAGAAGAACAACAAUAAGAACAACAACAACAUAACGUGUGUGGGCACUGCGCAUACGCGCGCACGCAUACACACACAUACAAAUACACAAACACAUACGCAUACUCACACAUGUUGGUGUAAGGGCCUAAUAAACUCAGGCUAUUAA